CAAACAAGGGGCUCGAAGCUAAAGAAGCGUAGAAGCUUCAUGUUGUUAUAACUUGCGUUCCGGCGAGUUUCGCCUCUGUAAAACUAUUUUGUUAUAUACUUUAUAAUAUAAACACUAUAGUCUCUCAGGUCCGUGUUUCCGGCAUAGAUAACGUAUAUUUGUACAUGUUUAUAUGAAUUUUGUUAUCGUAUGCAUAUAACAAUCGUAUCACACCACAGGAAAUACGAUAUUCCUUGUGCUAUUAUUGUUAUUUAAAAUUGUCCUCUUAUCUUUUUAUCUUCAAUAACGAUCCGACAAAAUUAUGAAUGAAAUGGACAGUUCUAUUGAAAAUAUCGAAUUAGAAAAUCGAAGGGGAUGUGAAGAUGACGAUUCAUUUGAAAAGGAACGUGUAAUAAAUAAAAAUGCAGAAUUCGACCAUGAGGAAUUAGUAAAAUUAACGAAAGAAGCGAUUGACAAUAUAAUUGAAAGCGACCCACUUCUUUCUGGUUUACCAACGGAUGUUACAAUUGAAGAAAUUAAAGCUCAAAUUGCUGUUGCACAAGGACAAGCGAUCACUGUAUACUUAAAUCGUGGCGAAUUACCGAAAAUUGGAGUUGUAGUACCUCCUCACAACACAACAGUUUUGGAUUUGAAGAAAGCUAUAAAACGUCAUACAAAUUUAUCAUUAAAAAGAGAGAAAAUCAAAAAGAAAAUAAGUUGGAAACACGUUUGGAAAAAGUAUUACUUAUGCUUUGAUAAUGUGAAACUGGUGGAUGAUAAUGAGAAUAUAAAAACUUAUGGAAUUACAAACAAAGCUGAAUUGCAUUAUAUGAAAAGACAUAGGGAAAAGAAUAAAUUGUUAAAGAAUGCUUAGUUAUUAGGGCAAAAACUGUGAUUUGUAAAUAUUAUGUUUUUAAGAUGCAUAAUAAUUUAUAUUUAAUAAAAUAUAUUACAGUAUUGUU